UUUGUCGCUGUUUUUUCUCUGUCUUUCACUGUCUGUCUGCAGAGUAAAGAGACAGUGUGGACUCUGUUUUUCUCUCUCUUCAUAACAUCUCUGUUUCUACGUUUCCUUGCAGUUCACGCUUAACGCCUGUUUUCUUCUUUCUCUGUCUGCGCAAUGAACCCAAGCUUUUUAAGCUUGCUUCUUUGAUAUCAAAGCAGUAACAUAUCCUUUCUGUUGUCUUCUUUUUCUUCUGGGUUUUGUUUCUUGGUUGUUUUAAGUGUUGUCCGGGUGAGAAUGGAAGAAGAGGUGUUGUUGGAGAGGAGGAAGAAACGGAAGGAGCUUGAUGGCGGUUUAGUAAUGGUGAUGGUGUUUCUUGUUCUUUGUCCUAUUGCUUCUUCACUCAAUGACGAAGGGAAGGCGUUGAUGUCGAUAAAGGCAUCAUUUAGCAACGUGGCAAAUGUGUUGCUUGACUGGGAUGAUGUCCACAAUGAUGAUUUUUGUUCUUGGCGUGGUGUCUUCUGUGACAAUAUCAGCCUCUCUGUUGUUUCCCUGAACCUGUCAAACUUGAUACUCGGUGGGGAAAUUUCACCUGCCAUUGGUGACUUGAAGAAUCUGCAGUCCAUAGAUUUGGAGGGGAACAAAUUGACCGGACAAAUCCCAGAUGAGAUUGGAAAUUGUGGCUCUCUUGUUCACCUGGAUUUGUCUGACAAUCUGCUGUAUGGGGACAUACCAUUCUCCAUAUCUAAGCUCAAGCAGCUUGAAUUUGUGAAUUUGAAGAACAAUCAGUUAACAGGCCCUAUUCCUUCAACAUUAACCCAGAUUCCUAACUUGAAAAUUCUUGAUUUAGCAAGAAACCAGCUUACAGGGGAGAUACCCAGGUUAAUUUAUUGGAAUGAAGUCUUGCAGUAUCUUGGAUUGCGGGGCAAUAAGUUGACUGGAACUCUUUCUCCUGAUAUGUGUCAAUUGACUGGCCUGUGGUAUUUUGAUGUCAGAGGAAACAAUUUAACUGGUAGAAUCCCAGACAACAUUGGUAACUGUACAAGCUUUGAGAUAUUGGACGUUUCUUAUAAUCAGAUUACUGGGGAGAUACCAUAUAAUAUUGGUUUCCUACAAGUUGCGACAUUGUCACUUCAAGGAAAUAAGCUUACAGGGAAAAUCCCUGAGGUGAUUGGUUUAAUGCAGGCCCUUGCAGUAUUGGAUUUGAGUGAGAAUGAGCUAGUUGGGCCUAUUCCAUCGAUACUUGGCAAUUUAUCCUACACUGGAAAAUUGUACCUCCAUGGAAACAAGCUUACUGGUCCAAUUCCACCAGAACUGGGAAAUAUGUCAAAACUUAGCUAUCUACAAUUGAAUGACAAUCAGCUAGUUGGUACAAUCCCUGCUGAACUUGGGAAGCUGGUGCAGUUGUUUGAAUUGAAUCUUGCCAACAAUUACUUGGAAGGACCCAUUCCUCAUAACAUCAGCUCCUGUACAGCCCUGAAUCAGUUCAAUGUGCAUGGUAAUCGCCUUAAUGGGUCUAUUCCAUUGGGUUUCCGAACUCUAGAGAGCUUAACUUAUUUAAAUCUAUCCAUGAAUGAUUUCAAAGGCCAGAUACCUAUUGAACUGGGGCAUAUCAUCAACCUUGAUACAUUGGAUCUCUCUGGCAAUAAAUUUUCAGGAGCUAUUCCAGCUUCCAUUGGUGACCUAGAGCAUCUUCUUACCUUGAAUUUGAGUAGCAAUGAACUUGAUGGACCUUUACCUGCUGAGUGUGGGAAUCUCAGAAGCAUACAAAUCAUGGAUCUUUCUUUUAAUAGCCUCUCUGGCAACAUUCCUGCCGAAUUGGGUCAGUUGCAAAAUAUUGCUUCUCUAAUAUUAAACAACAACAAGUUGCAAGGGGAAAUCCCAGAGCAGCUAACUAAUUGUUUCAGUCUUGCUAACUUGAAUGUUUCUUAUAACAACUUAUCUGGCAUCAUACCUUCCAUUAGAAACUUCACCAGAUUUUCAUCAGAUAGCUUCGUUGGAAAUCCGUUGCUAUGCGGCAAUUGGCUUGGAUCGAUAUGUGGCCCCUCUCUACCAAAGUCUAGAGUUUUCUCCAGGGCUGCAGUUGUUUGUACGACUUUGGGCUUCAUCACAUUGGUAGCUAUGAUUAUUGUUGCGAUUUAUAAGUCCAACCAACAGAAGCAAAUGAUGAAGGGACCUAUGAAAACUGUGGAAGGUCCACCGAAGCUAGUAGUUCUCCACAUGGAUAUGGCAAUUCAUACCUUUGAUGAUAUAAUGAGAUUCACUGAGAAUUUGAGUGAUAAGUAUAUCAUAGGUUAUGGUGCUUCUAGCACAGUUUAUAAAUGUAUGUUGAAAAAUUCCCGACCAAUUGCGAUUAAGCGACUCUACAAUCAGUGUCCACACAACUUGAGGGAGUUUGAGACUGAACUUGAAACCAUAGGCAGCAUCAGACAUAGGAACAUUGUCAGCUUGCAUGGCUACUCAUUAUCUCCAUAUGGGAACCUCCUUUUUUAUGAUUAUAUGGAGAAUGGCUCUCUCUGGGAUCUUUUACAUGGGCCAUCAAAAAAGGUAAAACUUGAUUGGGAAACAAGGUUAAAAGUUGCUGUUGGAGCAGCUCAGGGGCUUGCCUAUCUUCACCAUGAUUGCAACCCUCGAAUUAUUCACAGGGAUGUUAAGUCCUCAAAUAUUCUGCUUGACGAGAAUUUUGAGGCUCAUCUAUCUGAUUUUGGGAUUGCUAAAUGCAUACCAACUACAAAGACCCAUGCCUCUACUUAUGUUCUGGGAACCAUUGGCUAUAUUGACCCAGAAUAUGCCCGUACCUCUCGACUUAAUGAAAAAUCAGAUGUUUACAGCUUUGGCAUUGUUCUUUUGGAGCUUCUGACAGGGAAAAAGGCUGUGGACAAUGAAUCAAACUUGCAUCAACUGAUACUGUCAAAGGCUGAUGAUAAUACCGUGAUGGAAGCUGUUGAUCCAGAAGUCUCAAUUACAUGCAUGGAUUUAUACCAUGUCAGAAAAACCUUCCAACUUGCUUUGCUGUGCACAAAGCGACACCCUUCUGAGAGACCUACCAUGCACGAGGUUGCCAGGGUUUUGGUCUCCCUACUUCCAGCUCCUCCAACUAUGCUAUCUUCAGCUCCUCCCAAGUCCAUUGACUAUUCUCAAUUUGUCAUUGGCAAAGGUCAGAAGCGAUUGCAAUUGGAGCAGCAACAGCAGCAAGUUCAGCAGGACACCAACUCAUCUGAUGCUCAGUGGUUUGUUCGGUUUCGGGAAGUCAUAUCAAAGAACACUCUUUAAAGCCAUCUUUGUUUUUAAUUCACGUGGAGGAAGAGGAGAGGGUAAUGAGAUCUAAUCCCAGGCUUUGGUUUGAAGGGGCUAUUUUUGGUCCCCAGAUGGUGUGAAAUAUGAGCAUAGGUCCCACCAAUGUGGGUUUUUUUAUUUUUGGAUGUUUCUUUAGAGACCCAUCCAGUUAUGAGGCGCUGAUCCUUUAUGGACCCUUUUGCACAAGCGAUUUGAGAAAUUUGUAGGAGUCAUCUAUUUUGUUCUGUAAAGUCAAUAUGUAAAAGUACAGUGCACGCCUCUUUUUUUUUUUUUUCCUGGAUCAGGACUCAUGGAUCACUCAUCAUCACCUCAUAAUGCAUCAUAUAGUGAAAUGCUCUCUGCUACUGA